AAGCAAAGCACCACCACCCCACAAAGAAAAAGAAUAUCCCCAAUCCCACACUUCGAUCACCGCUCAAACCCUAGCUACCAAUCCCCGCAAUUCCUCCCCAGGCCCAGGUUCCUCCGGUGCUGGAUGCCCCCAGCCUAGGCGGCGGCUCGGUGGCUUGUGUGCGUGCGCGGCCGCCGAUGGAGCCGCGCGUGGGUAACAAGUACCGCCUCGGCCGCAAGCUCGGCAGCGGCUCGUUCGGGGAGAUCUACCUCGGUACUAACGUGCAGACCAACGAGGAGGUCGCGAUUAAGCUUGGUAAAUGAUGGAUACAGAAGCAAGAGUCAUUGAAAACUAUUUCCUGCCAAGGAUUACGGGUAGCUAUUAUAUGGACUGAGCUGUGAAAAUGUGAAGACAAAGCAUCCUCAGUUGCUGUAUGAGUCAAAGUUGUACAGGGUACUGCAGGGCGGAACUGGGAUUUCAAAUGUCAAGUGGUUUGGUGUUGAGGGUGACUACAAUGUUCUUGUUAUGGAUGUGUUGGGGCCAAGCCUUGAAGAUCUUUUCAGCUUUUGCAACAGAAAACUGUCGCUCAAAACUGUUCUGAUGCUUGCUGAUCAAAUGAUCAACCGAGUUGAAUUUAUACAUUCAAAGUCCUUCUUGCAUCGAGAUAUAAAGCCAGACAAUUUUCUCAUGGGCCUUGGAAAGAGAGCAAAUCAGGUAUAUAUGAUUGACUUUGGACUGGCAAAGAAAUACAGGGACACGUCAACACACCAGCACAUUCCAUACCGGGAGAACAAAAAUUUGACUGGGACAGCUCGAUAUGCGAGUGUAAGCACCCAUCUCGGAAUUGAACAAAGCAGAAGGGAUGACAUGGAGUCUCUUGGAUAUGUACUCAUGUACUUCUUGAGAGGAAGUCUCCCAUGGCAGGGUUUAAAAGCCGGUACGAAGAAACAGAAGUAUGAGAAAAUCAGUGAACGGAAGGUUGCCACUUCAAUUGAGGCUUUGUGUCGUGGAUACCCUUCUGAAUUUCAGUCAUUCUUCCAUUACUGCCGCUCACUGCGUUUUGAAGACAGUCCAGACUAUCAAUAUCUGAAGAGAUUGUUCAGAGAUCUUUUUAUUCGAGAGGGAUUCCAGUUUGAUUAUGUUUUUGACUGGACCAUUCUUAAAUACCAGCAGUCACAAAUGACCAGUGUUCCACGACGGGCUAUUCCCGCUGCCGCAGGACAAAGCUCGGGGAUGGCUCCAAUUGCAAGUAAUAAUAGACUGUCAGCCACCGAAGAGGGAAGAAGAAGUGGGUGGUCAGAUGAUCCUACACGACGUCAGGUUCCACCUACAGGAAUAAAUGCAGGCAGCUUAUCGAAACAGAAGUCACCAGUUAGACCAGAUGUGUCCGCACCGAAGGAAGCUGUGUUGUCCAGUUCGACUUUUUUGGGUCGGUCAGGCGUGUCCUCAAGGCGACCUGCUGUUUCUAGUAGCCGAGAUUUGCCAAGCAGUGAGGCUGAACCAUCGCGUAGUCGUGCACCAGACGUGAGUCCAGGGACGUUCCAGAGAAACUCAGCCCCACGGAGGACCUCACAGACGCUUGACUACUCUGACCCCAGGCACAAGUCUAACAGCAACAACUACGAGUCCACUAUAAGGGGCAUCCGAGGCCUAAAUUUCAAUGCCAACGAUAGGAUCCACUACUAGUAUCUUAUGGAUCCUACAAAGCAUGUAUAAUAUGUGAUCUGCUGAAGUUAAAGUGGGGAGUGAGGCCAUACUUUCCGAGCUACUCUCCUACCAUGUGAUCCACAAGCUACGUGCUGGAGAGGCAGUUUGCUGACCCAAAGAAACGGGGGCUGGCUGGCGAAAUAAAGGGUCUGCGACAGCCAUGGCCCUAAAAUAGCACGUUGGGCCUAUGUUUUAGCCUCUCUGUACAGGUUUUCUUUUGUGCGUUGAGAUGCUGCUUUCCUACUUUUCACAUAAUACUAUUAUGUUUUAAGAUAUUUACCUUACUGUCAUGUCUAGUAUGUUUACAUUGGAAUGCCUUGUCGGCUUGAGCAGGUAACUUCGAGCCCAGUGAUAAUUGUUGAAGUGCUUGUGAUUA